AUGCCAACUUGUUCGGUUUCUAGUAUUAUAUUUUUAGCACUUGCUCCGAAUGGAACUAAUAUUAUUCCAGUGUCUUAUAGUCAAGCCAAAACUUUAACUAAAUUAAUAAAAUUUCAAGUUGAUCCUCCAGGAACUCCGACAAGAGAACAAUUAUUAGAAAAAUAUGUUACACCAUCUGUGUUGUAUGGUAAUACUUGCAUAUUAAUCCUUCAUCAUCCAGCUCAAUCGUCUACUCACAAUUCAUCUGGUUCCCAAAUUGUAAUUUACACAGUUCACAGGCUACUUCAAACAACUAGAAAAACUCAUAUUUUACAUCUUCAAUGUUCUGGAUUUUUUCAAAUAAGUACAAUUGACAAUUUAAUUUUGGUACAUCAUCAAGGAUCAAGUAGUACCUUACUUUUUGACAUAGGUUCUGAUUCGGAUAGUUUAGAUCCUGUUAAUAUAAAACCCAUGAUCAAACCCAUGCCUAUGAAGCCUUGCAUAGUUGAUUUACCAGGACAAGAACCUUUUCAAUGUCCUUUAUAUUCCGCCAAUUGGGUUAUUUUUCAACCCAACAUAAUAAUUGAUGCAUUUUUAGGAUUUUUGUGGUAUGUUGAUAUCGAUUUGUCGAUUUUAUGCGAAUUAGAUAUUCCGACGGAAAAAUUAGUUAAUUUUUUACUCAGAAGAAAAACGGAAAAGGCUCUACCAUUGCUUAUCAAGGUCAUAGAAGAUAUAACCGAUCCGUGUAAAGAACCGAAACACGAUUUGAAAGUAAUUUCUCAGGUUUUUGACUUGAUUAAUACGGCUUAUAGAAAACAAUUGAAUAAAUUAGCUCAACCGCAUAUAGGUACUCCUGCGGGUCAGUUAACUAGUCAGCCGACCGUUAUAAAAGACACGGGACCUGAAAAAAUUGUCGUCGACGAGCAAACAAUGUGUUCGAAUAUUUUUUCGAAAUUUUCAGAAAAAAAAAAUUUACCCAAUUACAAUGGAGAAUUCGGGAUAAAAGUCAUUUUAGAAUAUCUUAGAUCUCUCAACGAUUUGCAAAUACCUUUUCAAGAUUUAAAUAAUUUAUUAAUUGAUUGUUUACUUCGGGAAAAACACGGCCUGUCGAGACUUCAUAAUUUGUUACAAUAUAGAGUUUUGCCGGAUUCUAAAUCAUUGGCAUGUUUACUGUUAUCAUUAAAAAAUAUAUAUCCGCCCGCACUUCAAUUAUCAUUGGACAUGCUUAAAAGGUUGGGUAACGCAGAUGAUGAAAUAAUGGAAAUACUUUUACAUAAAAAAUUAAUUUUACCCACUAUAAGAUUUGCGAGAAACGCCGAUAUAAUAAAUCAGUUAUCGGCGAGAAAAUUUUUAGAAGCAGCUCAAGAAACCAACGAUCCGACAUUAUUUUAUUCUGUAUAUAAAUUUUUCGAACAAUCGAAUCAAAGGUCGAAAGGAAUAACGAAUUUUAGCGAUUCGGUUUUGUGUCAGUCAUUCGUCGAACACAUGAAAAAUUUAUUCCCGGAAGAAAAUAAGAGUUUGAAUAACCAAAAGCGUGUCCUGAGGUGA